CAGCUGGGAGCAGCUUUUGCUCAUUGCCCUACCCACUACGUGUGCACUCGCGUCUCCCCACGAUGCCACGACAGAGCAUGACACAAAGUAAGUCGCUAUCGAUGCUACCCGGCCGUUAUGUGAGCUACCCUCUGUCGACGGUCUCGCUUGCGAAGCAAACAUGUUUUGACACGAUGUGUGUCCUGCACUUCUGAGAGCCGACACAUCGACAAACGGUUGCCACGCCACAAUACCUAGCGGAACACCAAGUUGAGUCUCGAAAGAUAAUUGCUCAUCGGACUCCGGAAGUCACGAUGGUUGAACAUUCGGACCGCUCAUUUUUCUUUUGCGACAGUCCAAGGCGCGCACUUCGCCGCGCGAAUCCCAAAGAGUGUCCAGGAGCGAAGCCUCGCACAAUAAGAAUGUCGACAGAUCCCGGAAAACUUUCUAAAUCAAACAGGAUAUGGAUUUGUAACCGGGUUGGGUCCUUCGAACCGGGAUCUGAUUUCGAUGAGUCGAGCAAUUCGGGGACUUUGAGAUCUGUGAUCUCAAUCGAGCACGAUCCGCUGUUUAUGGAGGAGGAACCGGCCCUGACUUUUAUACUCUUGUCGAGCUCCGACUGUUACUCGUUUCACACUCAGUGCCAUGACCACUGCCCCGAGCGCUCUACUCGCACUUUCGCGGUCUCUUCACAACUUGGACCAUGAAGUGAUUAUCGACAUCUUCCAUACACCUUUC